AUGGUGACAAGUCAUGUUUAUGUAACAAUAAAAGGUGGAGAGCAUUUUAUCACGUUUGAUCCUCGGCAAGCCUGUGGACAAUUGUACUAUUGUACAAAUUUUGUAGAUAAAGGAAACGGGCACAAGGUCAAGCAGUUGCGAGAGAAGAAUGCAAGAAGCAGAUGUGUGAUUUCAAUACAAUCUGGGACCACCACUAUUAUACAUGAUCCCAAGAACCCAGAACAUAUAAAAGCCUUUACUUUUGAUUUGGCAUAUUGGUCUCACAGUGGUUUUCAAAGGGACAAAAAUGGUGUACUUAUUUCAACUGGUUCUAACAAUGAAUUUGCAGGCCAGGAAAAUUGUCUUAAAGUGAAAUUUUACUUGUAUUUUAAUCUACAAAGAACUAAAAAGAUCAAGAACGAAGCUGUGAUAAAUGUGAGCCCCAAUGAGAAGCUGAUAAAAGAACUGAAGGCAGAAAACAACAGACUCUUGUCCAAACUUGCUGGACUGGGAAAUUACAAUACAAGUUCUUCUGAUGUUGGUCAAGCACCUUCAAAUAAAAUUAUCCUUCAAGGAUUGGGAAUUUCUGAUAAACACGCCACGUUCACCAACAUGGAUGGAGAAGUCACAGUGACACCACAGAGCAAGUGCAGAGUCAUUGUCAACGGUGUGCCCACAGCCACAGAGACAAAGCUGCAGCAUCUGGACCGAGUUAUUUUGGGAUCCAACAGUGCCUUUCUCUACAUUGGAUUUCCUUCUGAACGUAGCAGUGAAGAUUUGGCCAGGUUUGAUUAUGACUUUUUUCAAUCUGAACUUGCAGCAGCAGAGGGAGUUAGUGUAGACAAACUUAGUAAGCAUAACCCACAUGUGUUAUUUUUGAUGUUUUCACAAUCAGAAGAAAGAGUCUUCCUUCAAGGGAUUGUGGAAGCCAAGUUUUCCAGUUCCCCCUACUCUAACAAUUCGGACAACUUUUUCCAAACAGAAAGCAGUCCCCUGGAAGUCCCUAAAACCAUAUCAGAGGGCCACUCCUUAUUGAUAUCCUCCAUCUCUAUAUUCUAUGGCAGCCGGCAGAUGGUAACAGGUUUUGGCCGUAGUCAGGAGUGGACAGGACUUAAAAUGGAGCUCAAAGUGAAGAAUUUGGCGUCAUCUGAUUCCAAAGGUUAUGAUCUACAAAAGGAAGUCACUGUGAAGGUGACCAACAGAGAGACUCAAGAGGUACGGAUUUGGUCUAAAGCCAAGUUCAUUAACAGGAAAUACCUAAUGGAGGAAUUUUACCAGCACUUUCUGGAUGGAGGAGACAUCCAUGUCGCUCAAGAAGAUGAUCCAUUCUGGGAUCCUAUUGAGGCCAUUCAUUUAGGAUCUGCUCAUGUCUGGUUCCAGUCUCUUGCUUACAGCACGAAAUUAGAAGAGCAGGCAGAACUUUUGAACUCUGAAGGGCUGGAAGAGGCCAUUGUACUCAUCAACAUAAUUCCAUGUUCCAGCAUAGGAGACUACAAAGUCUAUGAUCUUUCAAUUGCUUUGUACACAAAGCCUGUCUGGAAAAACGUAAAUGCCAAAAUUGAAGAGACGGUCCAUUUUGUGGCUUUAAAUGCAUCUCACAAGUUCUCGAAUUACUUACAGAAAAAUGCCCUGAUCGUUGACUUCCGGGGUCUUCAAGAAGGCUGUGCUGAACUAAACUGCACCCAAGAAGACCUUAUCGCAUGGGAAGGCAACAUUUUGGUAGACAAUACAAAAACAUUAGCAGCUCAAGAAACCAAUCAAGCUACAUCAAACCAAAUGGCAAAACUUUAUAUGAAGCUGCUGAAGUUAGAACAGGAAACAGAACUGCUCAAAAAUAUUAACAGAGUCCUAAGGGAAGAAAACAUGCUUUUCAAGGGCACACUAAGGGGAUGUAGUCCUGGACAGGAUCAGAAACUAUCCAGUGUGUCUAAGAUCACACAUCAACAUCACAGUGACUCUCCCCAGAUGUGCACAUCUCAGACCAGCUAUGAUGCUGACUUUGCCAAAGCUCUUAAGGUUUUCUACCAAAGUAUGAAUACAGUGAGACGACAAUUUCUCAAGCUAAGACAUUACAGGCCUCCUGAGGACGAUCAAAUGUUAUGUCCUUUUACACAACAACAGUCACAGCUCUUAAAGGACAUUGGUGAGCUACUUGAAGCCAGUCUGUGGAAACUGAAAAAUGAUGUUGCUCUUAUAGUUAAGAAGAAGAGAGAGAGUUUAGUACACACCAAAUAUCGAGGCUCCAGCUUCCCAUAAAACAUUUAAAAUUCACUUUGAUUAGCUUCUUAAUAUAAAUGUUGGUUUACUAAAUACUUAUAAAAGAGGCUGAAUGAGUUAGUGAGUGAUCAAAAAAUUCUCUGUAGUUUGUCCUCUGUAUCUACAGAUUUCAUUUUCAAACUGUAAAUGGCUUAAACCCCCCUAAUUUUUAAUUAUAUGCUGUUUUUUAAACCAAUAGUUUUAUUUACUUUUGUGUAUAUAGUAAUUAGCUAAGAAAUGCAUAAAAGCAAAAGUGUUUUCCAAUGACCACUCUGAAGACAUUUUAAAAAGCUGUACUAUUUUAUAUAUAUACACUCAGAUUUUAAUUCUGAAUGAGACAGCAUGAUAAGUGUUUGAAUUCUAAGAGAGAA